UUUUCCGGUACGGUCACACUCGUAAAUUCCAGUGAAAUAUUCUGCCGCUGUUGUCAAAUUUGUAAAAUCGUUACGGUUUUUACAAAUAUCCGCUCUAUAUAACCGCUUCGAGCCGACAGCAGGCUUUAUUCGCGGCGAACGAACAUCAAGCAGCACCGCGUGGGCUUGCGUGAAAACGUGUCCGGAAAAGCCAUAGGCGAGCCAGCGCUAGUGAGUGCGAGCGAGAGGGACGGUGACAGCGACACCGACACCGAAACGGAUUUCCCCCCCUUCCCCCUGGCCGUUCGAACGACGGAUUUCCCAGCGAAAAACUGAGAAUUCAAGAGACUUUCCAGCGAACAGCGAACGGCAGCGAAAAUGCAAAUAAAUCUUAAGGUGAAGACCUUAGAUGCGCGCACCCACGAAUUCAGCAUCGACAAUGAGAUCACGAUCCGUCAGUUCAAGGACCAAAUAGCGGAGAAGACCAACAUAGCGGCGGAGAACCAGCGCAUCAUCUACCAGGGUCGCGUGCUCGCCGACGAGAAACAGGUGAAGGAGUACGAUGUCGACGGCAAGGUCCUGCACGUGGCGGAGCGUCCGCCGUUCUCGCAGCGCGGAGCCAAUGCCCGGAACAAUGAUGAGCCGAUGCGCACCUUCCGGAACGUGGCACGUCCGCCCCCGGGUAUGCGCACCUCCCCCUACUUCCGAGCUCUCGAUGGCAUGCUGGUGGGCACCAUGGCCAUACCAGUGAACAAUGGCCCCGUGACCGGGGUAAGUAAAUACAACACAUUCCCCUGGGACUUAAAAUUACCUCAAUUCUUGCAGACCCGCACUCCGAGCACUCGCUAUCCCAACUCCUCGUCCUUCUGCAUCAACCGCAUCACAGUGGCCAUGCACAUGAUCGAAUGCGCCGGCAACAUAGCCGCCUAUCUGGAGAAUCCGGCUGUGGGAUUGAACAACCAGUCUCUGGACAUUCUGCAGCGCGGUCGCUGGUCCAUGGAGUCAACGGUGGUUGAGGUGGGCGUCUCUUCCACGGAUCUGCCGCGCAACAACAACAUUAUCGACAUGGUCCAGGACGCAGUGACGGCUGCUCUGUCGCGUACUGGAGCCCGGAACUACACGGUGGUGCAGCUGCCGACGGUUUAUACCAACGAGAGCGGCGAGACCAGUCAGCAGCGGACGGGAGAGGCUGCUGGCAGCGAGGGAGCAGCUGCUGGAACCCCCAGCGAUGCCAGCGGUGAGACAACAGCGGCCACUGUCAUCAUUGAGGAUGUGAUCGAGACGGACGAUGAGGCCGCCGAUGGGGCCUCUGAUCGUUCGACAACACCUACUCCGGACCCGGAGGUGGAAGGUGCAGUUGGUGGUCAGCCGGCUGCCAAUACGAAUGCUGCGGCUGCUUCUGCUGCACCCAGCUCUUCCUCCGCCGCUGGAGAUGCAGCCACUGCUCAGGCUGGCGCUGAGGGAGCUAACAAUGCGGGCCCUCGACGCCGCACCCGGCCCCAAGUCUUAGCCCAGGUCAUUCAACAUUAUCGCCGUGUCCAAACGCGACUGGCGCCCUUCGUGGACCGCUACUACGAUAUCCUCCAGAACGAUCCCACGUUCGAGGAGAGUGACACUGCUGGACGUGAGGAUGCCCAGCGCAUCUUUGACCGCGUAUCGGAGGCUUUCCACUAUCUGUCGCACGCCCAGCAUGCCAUCUCCGACUUGAUGCUGGACCUAUCGCAGCCAGGACCGCGAGUGCUUACCUGCCGACCGAUUCUCGUCGAGCAGAGCGGCUACAUACGCUCCAAUAACAUAUUUACGCCCAACUUUAUGGCUCCGCCGCCGGGUCUGCUCAACGAGAUGGCCCUCCGAGCUGGAGAACAUGCUGCCGCUGCUCCAGGAACUCAAACACCCGCUACGGGGGCGGCCGCUCCGGCUACCUCUGAGCCGGCUUCAAAUGUGCGAGCUAUGAUCGAGAUUGCCAGUAGGGCUGCCGGUGCAGCGGCCGAGAUGGCUGCUCGGGCUGCCAAUGCCGCCGGAGCUGCCAAUGUAGCAGCGGCCAGUGCUGCCAAUGCAGCGGCUGCAGCUGCUCUUGGUGCGGAAAGCGAUCGCGUCGAGGAUCCUGUCGAUGAGCCCAUGGUGGCACCCAAUGCAGCCGGCGCAGCCCCUGCUCAGGCACAACAGCAGCCACGUUUGGAAAUGGAGCACGAUCACGAAGAUCAAGAUCAGGCUUCGGCCUCGGUCCCAGAGCCCCCCAGAGCAGCUCCCAGGCUGCGUGUGUAUGUGCCAGUGACCCUGCCACCGCCCAAUCCCCAGAUGGAAAUGGCCAGACUGCUACAGGCCGUGGUCAACCGAGCCAACAACGAGGCCAACGAUGUUCAUGUCGAGUUCAAUUCGCCCAACAUCAUGUCGAUCAACUUGCCGGUGCAUGUGAUGACUGCCGCAGUGCGUCCGGCUCCCGCUGGCUCGGCAGCUACUGCUGCAUCGGCUCCCGCUCCCGCCACGGAAGACUCUAAUGAAACUUCGCCGGCUGCAGAGUCUCCGACAGCCGCCUCCACCUCGAAUGGAACUCGAAGCGGAGAACAGAGGGCGAACACCUUGCCCACCACUUCGACCCAGACUCGGUCGACAUCGCGUCCCCAGAUUCAGAUUGGCGGCAACAACAAUUGGGGCGGACGUAUUGCUCCCACGCACACGGCCUUUGAUCGCUUCCUGCCCUGCAACAGUCACCACAUCAGGGAGCCGGAGCAGCUACCGCAUAGUAGCAACGCCAGUGGCAGCACCAACAACAACCGCAGCACCACCACAGCACCAGCCAGCGGAGCCGCUAUCGUUUUGCCCACAACCGCCGCUGGACCUCGCCCUGUCACCUCUGAUCGCAUCCAACGCGGCAGUGCCAACGUACGCUCCACGUGGUCGUCGCGCCGCCAGCGUCCUGCCAGCAAUCUACUGAACAGCCUCCGGCCGACAGCCUGGGCGCAGGCCCAGACCCAGACCCAUAGCCACGUUAGUAGUGGUGGUGGUGGUAGUGGCAGCCCCACUCUCAGGGGUGGAGCCGCAAGAGUGCGUGCCAUGGGAAGAGUGCCCUUCAAUCGCGAUCGGCUGGCGGCGGCGGCUCGACCGGUCCUCGUUGGUGGUGGCACCAAUGUCGGCCUGGGAGCCGUACGGCGGGGGCGCAUCCAGACCGCCACCGGCCGCCUGUCCAGACCAUUCCCCACCCUAGUCGCUAAUUUUUUGCUUAAUAAUCUGAGAAAUAAUGCGCAAUCAGCUCCGGCAGGCAGCGCCGCCAUCGCCACCGCCGAGGGAGUGACAGCCAUCUCGGCCACAGCAGCAACAGCAGCAGCGGCAGCCUCUACUACGGUCUCUCCUACAGCCGCUGCUCCAUCAACGCAGGCAACUCCCACCAUACCACGCGUUGAUGUCAGUAACCUGCACUCGCAGCUGCGCAACUUCCUCAACGACAGCCUCUUCGCGGGCGGAGUGCCCAUCAACGAGCAGACGAUCCCGGAGGCAAUUGGAAGGGCUUUGGAAUGGUUUGGCGAGAGCCUGGUCUAUCUGCCGCAGUACGAGCGGCCGGAGUACAACUCCAGGGACUCGGUGUGCAACAUCCUGCGCGUGAGCCUGCGCCUAAUCAUCGAGCUGUGCAGCAGCGGAGCACCAGGUGGCGCCCAGUUCGAGCAGAACCUCAAGCAGAUCUGCGAGCAGUUCCGCAAGCGUCUCUACAGCGUCCUCUUUCUGUGCCUGGGCAGCGCCAAUGCGGAGCUCUACUGGCGCCAACUGAUGCGCCUGCUGUGCGCUCCCCUGCGAUCUAAUUUCCGCAACGAAGCUCUACAGUUCUUGUGCAUCUAUAUAGACCCCACAAUUCCCGCCCAGACGGAUACCGUGGAUGCCCAACAGUUCCUUGUCCUGCGCAGCACCCAAGCAGUCUCUCCCACUGAUGCCGGCGAGCAGACACCACAACCACCGCAGCUGGAAACCCUGGACACAGAUGUGGAAAUGGCCGAAGUGGCUGCCAGCAGUAGCAGCAGUGCUCCCGCAGACACCCUGCCCGCCGUGAUUGUGGGCUCCGAGCCCUGGCACAUGAGUUUCCCCAACGACUGGUUGCCAGUGAUAACCCGCGACCUGCAGACCCAGACUGAGCAGAGCAACCGCCCGCAGCCACCCUACUCUGAUGCCUACAUCUCUGGAAUGUCCGCUAAGCGGCGCAAGAUUAUCCAGUCGGAGAAGCCGACGGCUAGUGUGGAGUGCCUCAUUGCCAGUGGAGUGCAGCGAGCCCUUCAGAACUCUGGCCUGGGUGGCAGCAAUGGCAGUGCCUCCAGUUCCUCGAUCAGUGCGGACACCGUCAUCGGUUCCAUUGCUCACGAUGCCUCCACCCAGGCCUCCUACACGGAUGCAGUGCGUAGCAUUGUCCGGGAGAGGAUCAAGCAGGAUGCCGACUACAAGCCCAACAAGUAUCCGCAGAUAGCCAAGUUCGCCGAGCAGAAGUAGGCGGCGGCCACCUAGUGCUUGUUGUACAUUUUACUUUAAAGCAUCGUAUUUAAUUUAGUUAAGGGAUAAGUUCAGUUUAAAGCGAGGAGAGACGACGACCCACACACGGAGAGGACCUUUAGCAAAUGCUUCGACCCAUAUAGAAUAAUAAUAUCCAACUGAUAUACCCAUGUAUCCACACACACACAAACACACAGAACGGGAACCCAGGCAGGAGCAAAAUAAACACACUUAUUAACCAAAA